GCGGCUCGCAUACAGUGGAUAUGUCCGAUAGCUCUCCAGGGCGACUUGAUCGCGUCUUAGAGCUUCUGUCGAUGUGCUCAGCUGACGAGCGCGAACUUGUCAGGAGACAGUUGGCACAACCUCAGACAGGAUCCCUUCGGUCGUUGUGUGUAGCUGGCGCACGCGAUCUCGCCACAUCGUUUCCGCCACAGUUGACACUCAAGCGCCCUCUGGUUUGCUUCGAUCUGGAAACCACGGGCCUGGCUAAUUCUCACAUAGUCUCCAUGGCAUUCCUCAAGAUAUAUCCCACCUCAUAUUCUCCAGACACCUCACUUCCUCGUAUUGAGACGUUCGCUCCGGGCAAUUUCCGACAAGGCGACGGCAGCACUUAUGUCCGUCCACCUACCUCGAUCAGCAUCCAAGCUACAAAGGUCCACGGUAUCACGAAUCGGGACGUCUCACGACUCCCUCCCUUCUCUGCUCACGCCCAUGCUCUGUAUGACUUUCUGAAAGGCUGUGACCUCACGGGUUAUAAUGUCGCGAAAUUCGAUAUCCCGAUCCUCACGGCUGAGUUUCAGGCUUGUGGUAUCGUGUGGCCCCCGACAGAAGGUGAAGAGGUCCCCUGCGUUGUCGAUACACUCAAGCUCUUCCAUGGCUUGUCGCGCAAUCUCGAACUUGCACAUAUUUUCUUUGCGGACCAAGAGAUGGUAGGCGCACAUAAUGCAGAGAUGGACGCUGUGGCAGCGAUGAAGGUGUUGUUCGGGAUGGUGAGAGAAGACAGACUGGGAAUGCGGCAGAAGGUUGGAGAUAUGUUGACGAGGUCGGAACAGGGCACGCCCCGAGUGGUUGGCAGUGGAAAAGAGAUGUCUGCAUUCGCAACAAGAAAGCGUCCGAGUAGAUCUACGGGAACGACCACGGUAGAUCGGGCUGUACUUCCAAAUCGUGCGCAAGCGCGUUCACUGUAA